GCCUUUCCAAACUGAACACAUCAGAACCUUAUAACCCUAAUCUCUCUCUCUCUCUCUCUCUCUCUGUUUCAGUGGCACUGUGCUUGCUCUGCAAAUUUGCAUGGUUCUUCUUACUGGGCGGGGUUGGUUUUGGGCAUGGCGGCUAAGAAGCUGUGCGAGACGUACUCAAAGGCUGUGAUGGAGGAAGUGCAGAGAUGGGCUGGGAUGAAACAAACAGGGGUGAGCCUGAGGUACAUGAUGGAGUUCGGGUCCAGACCCACUGAGAGGAAUUUGCUCAUCUCUGCUCAGUUCCUUCACAAAGAGCUCCCCAUUAGGCUUGCCAGGAGAGCCCUUGAUAUUGAGGGCUUGCCUUAUGGCUUAUCCCAGAAACCUGCUGUUCUUAAGGUGAGAGAUUGGUAUUUGGAUUCAUUCCGGGAUCUUCGAUCCUUUCCUGAGAUCAAGGAUACUAGUGAUGAGUUGGAAUUCACAAAAAUGAUCAAGAUGAUUAAAGUGAGACACAACAAUGUGGUCCCCACGAUGGCUUUGGGUGUUCAACAGCUGAAGAAGGACAUUGAUCCAAAGAUUCAGGAUCUUGAUGAGAUUCAUCGGUUUCUAGAUCGAUUUUACAUGACAAGAAUUGGGAUUCGAAUGCUUAUUGGGCAGCAUGUGGCACUGCAUGAUCCCAAUCCACCUCCUGAUUGUGUAGGCUGUAUUCAUACUAAAAUGUCUCCUUUGGAUGUUGCACGGGGUGCCAGCGAGGAUGCACGAGCGAUUUGUUUACGGGAGUAUGGGAGUGCUCCUGAGGUCAACAUAUACGGUGAUCCAAAUUUUACUUUUCCUUACGUACCAACACACUUGCAUCUUAUGGUAUUUGAGUUGGUGAAGAACUCUUUGCGUGCUGUUCAAGAGCGGUUUGUAAAUUCGGACAAAGUUGCACCGCCCAUUCGAAUUAUAGUUGCUGACGGGAUAGAGGAUGUUACCAUUAAGGUCACCGAUGAAGGGGGUGGCAUACCUAGAAGUGGUCUUUCCAAAAUUUUCACGUAUCUUUAUAGCACUGGAAGAAACCCACUGGAUGAGUACUCAGAUAUUAUAUCACCUGACAUGGUAACAAUGGCUGGAUAUGGAUAUGGAAUUCCAAUAAGCCGCCUAUAUGCUCGAUAUUUUGGAGGUGAUCUACAAAUUAUUUCAAUGGAAGGAUAUGGAACUGAUGCCUACCUUCAUCUGUCGCGAUUGGGAGACUCUCAAGAGCCCCUGUCUUAGACCCGAGGCCUGAAUUCAAACUCCAAUGUUCUUGGUUGGGUCGAGAAAUAUGCUGCGAAACUCCCUACGGCCAUGGAGGGCUUGGGUGUGUUUUAUCAUAAAUUCACUUGGGCCUGGUCAUUGUAUCUUUAAGUUCCAGCACCCCAGGUACAUUAUUGAACCCAUCCAUUAAUGUUGGGUAUUCUGAUUGUUGCAGACAUUGAAAAUUAGAAUUAAAAAUUGCCAAAUGUCAAUAUGAAAUUGGCUUUUUGCUGCUAUAA